GUUCCGCGUCGUUCGGACCCGCGGUGUGUAGUUUUGUUUAUGGGCGUGUAUGCGUGCCAGCGUGCGCAAGUCGUGUGUAUCCAACGGGCUCGGUGUUGACGCCAGCGCUAGCUAGCUAGCGCGCUCCGCAUCGAAACAGCAAGUGCCUGCGAGGGUGUGUCAGAGAGCGAAAGAUUCUUGGCCGAUUCAACGCUCGGCCUUGACUAACCGUCCGGAAUCCGGCGUCGCAUGGCCGCUGCGGAUCUCCCGACGGCUCGGAAACGCAUGGAGGAAGUUUCGACGAGGUGACACGGCUUUGAUCCAGUCGUUGGUCGGGAGCGUCCUCGGCAAGCAGCGCCGGGGAGGGAGUAAGAGGAAGAAGAAAAAGAUGGCCGAGGCGACGUCACAGGACGCCCUCGCCUCCGGAGGAGAGGAGGAAGAAGAGGAGGACCCGGACUUCGAGGAGCUGCGCCCACCCGAGGUGGACCCGCUGGCCGAUCUGCUCGACCAAGGCGGAGGAGAGGACUGCACCGUUGAGCAGGACGGGGGAGACUCGAUGGACGUGUUGCCGCGCGGAGGGACGUGCUUCUCGUUCUCUCGCGUGCACGAGCCCAGCUGCAGCCUGCUGACGCCCAACCGGCUGCUCACGCUGCCCGACUGCCCGCUCGAGGUGAAGAUCGUCUCCGUCGAGCGGGACCACAGCAGCACGCACAUCCUCUACCCCAACCUGUACGUGAUCGAGCUGCGUCACGGGGACUUCCAGUGGUCGAUCCGGCGCCGGUACAAGCACUUCCAGCAGUUGCACCAGCAGCUGCAGAUGUACCGCGCCGCCAUGUCCAUCCCGCUGCCGACCAAGAAGCACCGCGAGCGGCGGCGCAGCUACCGCGAGGACAACAACGCGCGCAGGCCGCUGCCUCGCUUUCCCAAGAAACCCGAGAGCCUGCUGUCGCAGGAAGAGGUCCAGCAGAGGGCGGAGCAGCUAGAAGCCUACCUGAGCAACCUGGUCAUGGUUCCGGCCUACCGGAUGAACCCGCACACGAUGCAGUUCCUCGAGGUCAGCCACCUUUCGUUCGUGGGCGGCCUCGGGCCCAAGGGCCGCGAGGGACUCGUGUACAAGCGGUCCGGCGGCCACCACAGUGCCAGGGGCUGCGUCCGGCUCCACUUCCUCUUCUACCAGUGCUGCAGCAGGUGGCGCAAGAGGUGGCUGAUUGCGAAGGACACCUGCGUGUUGUACGUCCGCCCCCGCGACGGCGUCAUCAAGUCGGUGCUCCUCAUGGACCAGGGCUUCCAGGUCCAGUCCGGCUUCAUGGCCACGGGGGUCAACCACGGCCUGCUCGUCACGAACCUCACCAGGAACCUGCUGGUGAAGUGCUGGACGAAGCGUAAGGAGCGGGAGUGGAAGGACCACCUGCAGGAGCUGGCCAAGACGUCGGGCCGGGACUUCACGACCCCGAACCGAUACGACGCCUUCGCCCCGGUCCGGUCCGCGAGUCGCUGCCGAUGGUACAUCGAUGGGUCCAAGUACUGCGAAGCGGUGGCCAACGCCAUCGACCUGGCCCGGGAAGAGAUCUUCAUAGCCGACUGGUGGCUCACCCCCGAAAUCUACCUCAAGCGCCCGGUGGUGCCCAACAACCGCUGGCGACUGGACCAGCUACUUCAGAAGAAAGCGGAGGAAGGCGUGAAGGUGUUCGUGCUCCUCUACAAGGAAGUGGAAAUGGCGCUCAGCAUCAACAGCCUUUACAGCAAGCAGAAGCUGGCGGCCAUGCAUCCCAACAUCAAGAUCCUGAGGCAUCCCGACCACAUGACCGGUGGCAUCCUCCUCUGGGCGCACCACGAGAAACUGGUGGUCAUCGACCAGAAGUUCGCCUUUCUUGGGGGGCUGGACCUGUGCUAUGGACGCUGGGACGACUUCAACCACAGGCUCACAGAUGUCGGCGGAAUUCAAAUGCAGAGGCAGAUCUCCAAGUCGGAGCAGCCUGAAGUGAACACAUCUAUGAGCGAGGUGGCGAACAGACUUCUCGCGUCCCACCGGCUACGCAAGCAGAGGGAAUCCGCCGGCGAUGCUGGGCUCUCCGAGGGGUACGGCACGACUGACACCGUGGACGGCGGCGGCGGCGACGCAUCGCCCCCGUGCGCCGUCACCGACUCGGACGCCAGGAACCGCGGCGGGCGCUCCCUGGCGGUCGGCAGGCUCUCCAUCGGACCCGCCGCCAUGUCCAACGGCGGCGCCGUCUACGUCGACCAGGAGGAAGGCAAGGUCGUCGUCGGCGACGACGGUUCGUCCAGGAUCGCGUCGAACUUGAUGCGCGCCCGACGCGUCUUCCGAGCCGUCACGGCAUGCCAGAAGCUAAAGAAGCAGCAGCAGCAAGAUGAGGUUCCUCUGGUUGACGCCAGUGCCAUAACCAGCCGGCUAAAGAAGCGUCGCAGUGGUCCCGUGCUCAUGGGCAUGCAAGCCUUCCAUCGGCACACCCGAAAGGGCUCCCUGGACUCUCUCGAUGACCUAUCCGACGUGCCCCGCUCCGAACUUCGGGCCAGCUCACUGGAAGACGACAUGGGCCUCCAAGGAUCGGCCAAGUACUGGCUCGGCAAGGACUACACAAACUUCAUCUUCAAGGACCUCACCGAAGUGGACAACCCUUUUGUCGACAUCGUGGACCGCAACGUGACCCCCCGGAUGCCGUGGCACGACAUCGGGGCGGCCGUCAGCGGCGCCGCGGCGCGGGACAUCGCGCGCCACUUCGUGCAGCGCUGGAACUUCACCAAGUUCGAGAAGGCCAAGCAACACGAGAACUACCCUUGGCUGCUUCCCAAGUCCUACAAGGACGUGGAGCUGGAGUCGACGUUACCGGAGUCUGCCGUCGGCACCCUCUUCACCGCAGACUGCCAGAUAUUGCGCAGCGCGAGCAACUGGUCUACGGGUAUCAAGGCGGUCGAGUCCUCCAUCCACUCCGCUUACAUCGACAACAUCGUCAACGCCAAGCACUACAUCUACAUCGAGAACCAGUUUUUCAUCACACUGGAGCAAGGGAAUCCGACUGUCGAGAACCAGAUCGGCGAGGCCCUGUUUCAGAGAAUCCUCAAGGCACACAGGAACAAGCAGAACUUCCGGGUGUACGUGGUGAUGCCCUUACUUCCGGCCUUCGAAGGCGAAGUGGGCACUGACACCGGCACGGCCAUCCAGGCCAUCACCCACUGGAACUACGCUUCCAUGUGUCGUGGGGACUCUUCGAUACUCGAGCGCCUCAAGGCGGCCGACGUUCCUGACCCUACCAAAUACAUCGACUUCUUUGGACUCAGGAAACACGACGAACUGCACGGAAAGCUGACCCAGGAGCUGGUGUACGUGCACAGCAAGAUGAUGAUCGUGGACGACGAGGUGACCAUCAUCGGCUCGGCGAACAUCAACGACCGCAGCCUCCUGGGCAGGCGCGACAGCGAGCUGGCCGUGGUGGUGCACGACACGGACCGCGAGAAGAGCGUCAUGGACGGCUGCCCCUACUCGGCGGGGCGGUUCGCCGGGGCGCUGCGCCGCACGCUGUUCCGCGAGCACCUGGGCCUCCUGGAGGGCGACGGCGGCGCCAACGGCAUCGACAUCAGGGACCCUGUGGCCUCGUCGUUCUACGACGGCGUCUGGAGGACCACGGCGCGCCGCAACGCGCAGAUCUUCGAGAAGGUAUUCCGCUGCAUCCCAUCGGAUAGCGUGCGUACAUUCGCGGGCCUGCGGGAGUUCACGGCCAUUCCCGGUCUCGCCGAGACUGACCCGGACCAGGCCCGCGCUGAACUGUGCGAGGUCAGAGGUCACCUGGUUGACAUGCCCAUGGAUUUUCUUGCCGAGGAGAGUCUUACACCGGCAUCCGGCACCAAGGAGGCUCUCAUGCCUGUUGCUCUCUGGACCUAAAGGGUGCAAUUUGAUGUCCUGCACAAUCGGCCCUUGAGUCCCAAUGUCUGUGCAUCGAAAUGUUUUCUUUGUCUUCCCGCUGCGUGGGCUACGAAAACGUGGCAUCUGAGCUACUACCUAUAUGUGUAAACACCUCUGGGUGAUGCUGCGUUUUUUUACAGUUCACAGCGUGAGCACGGCUGUGACUGUUGUUCCGACAGUGGCCGCAAAUCUCUGAGCACUGAAACGCAAGGCCACACAACUGUGCAACAGCCGUGGUGCCUACACAGGCACCAAGUCUGAAUGAAGGAGCACGAGACUACAAAUGAAGGUUGCUUCUAAAUUGUGUGUUGGUUCGCACCAGGCUUCUUCUUAGUGGUGCUUGAAUUAAGUCAAAAUUUAACAAAAAGCUCCAUCUCCAAAGCCCUGUGCAGGUUUCCUGCUUAUGCCAGAACUUCAAAUUAUAAUUUUUAUACACUCGUGCUAGGCUGCCUACGCACACGAAAUGGAGGUCUGCUCAAUUUUGAAGAUGCCUGCAUUUGAGUUGGGGUAUUUUCAACAACAGCAGUGAAAAUUCUCUUGGAUGAGCACUUAUCUACCUAUGCAUACUUUGUUACCUGUGGUAGGUUCAUUGAGUGAGGUGUAAGAGCAUGAAACAUUACCUAGCAUCAUUGUUUCGUAUUCUGACUCUUUUCGCAGCACUGUCGUGAAUAUACAAUCCAAAGAAGUUUAAGUGUUAUCCCCCGGCUGUACUACUCUACAAUAGCAGCUCUCAUGAUAUCUGGUGAUAAUGUUAAAGAUGACUAGAAGACCAUCACCUGUGUAGGAAGAUUGAGGAAUACGAAGAUCACCAUUGUAAUCGUUUAAGUUACAACUUUUCUCUAACACAUUAUUUGUGUUCGUAAGUAUACGAGACAGUGGCACAGCUUUCUGGUGGGACUAUUGCUGGAACUCGGGGCUGUUCGCUACAAUGUUUUUAGUUUAUUUCAUGUUACUCUGUCUUUAUGAAGCAUCCACUGCUGUAAACACCAGUUAUGAGAUGUGUUUUAUUGCUGCUGCAUGCAUUGAACUUGUGCUACUUGGUUCAUUAGGUCCAAUACUACAAACCGGUAUGUGCCAUCUGCCACCACUUUUUUGUUGUCCUAGUGUGUCAAACAUAUUUUCUUGUUAUGUACCCAGAGUGCAUUAUUAGAAAAGUUUACAUGUGAAACAAAUUAAUCAUUGUGAGUGCUGCGGUGUUACAGAUAUGAAUGAUAACCAAGGUCACAUGUAGUGCAGUCUUUAGGGUAGAGACAGAGGCAUCAGAUGUGCUUAGAGGUACGAAGGAAGGAAAAGUGGGAGAGGAAUAAUCGCAUGCCAGCCAUUGCGUUGUCUGGCCAAGUGUUUCAGGGUCAGCUUUCUUGCUUUCUUUUUGUAAGGGGGGAGAAGCUGACCCCUCACCUAUUUUUAAUGGCAGUGGUUGUAGUUCUUGAUGUGUGAGGUCAACUUCAGAAGUCCACUCCUAAUUAUAUAGUGCCUGUACUGCCUAAACAUUAGAAAUGUGACGGGCUAUAGCUGCUCUAAAUAAAUGAGGUUAAAGGACUCUUUGCUUGUUUUACAGGAAUGUGCUUGCUGUUUCUGUUUCAUAAUUGUGCCUCAGGUCAGGAGCUUUUUCAAAAGAGAGUAUACAAGCCAUUUAGUCUUUCUGCUGCUACUUACAGAUGACGAGUCUGAAGUCAGUGUACCAGACAGUUGUAACACAAAUAAAAGCAAGUUAUAGGUACUAUUUUUUCUGGGAUGCAUGAGGAUAGCCUGUGAAACAUGAAGAAAUGAGUGCACAUGCAAGCUUUCACUGAGGCUACCUGUUUCCAUAUUCUGUGACUGUUUGAGCAAGCUACCCAAAAUGUGUUUCCUAUGGCCUCUCAACAAUGGGAAAUCAUAUAGGGUUGAUAGAACGGAAUUUCGAGGACUGAUGAAAUUACUAGCUAAUGUCACGUUCGAUCUGUUUUGUUACAUUCACUCUACCAGGGCCAGUUCUUUUGUUUCUGUUAGAUAAAUGAUUUAUCUCACUUCCAAGAUCUUCAGGGAUGUACACUAUCAAAUACGUGUGACAUUUGUUGCCUCUUUUCAUCAAGUGCUUUGUGCGUCAUCUUCUUGUUUGCUACGCAACACUAUUAUCAACAUUGUUAAUAGACAGCUUUAGCACAGUGCUAACAGGCUGCCCCACUCGGACCAGUGCAUCCUAAUAAUGUGCACACACCCGCUCUGCAAAACACCAGUGGGAAUACUAAUGCACGCCCAUGCAACACUCUUUCUGGCACCACAAUGUAGAAGGCUGCCGAUGUCCUGCUACAAAACCAAUUGAGUAGAGCAUGAGGCGGCAUCUACUUGGUUUCUUUGUCGUUUUAUAGCCAAGCUGAGAGCGCAUUGAUGGUGUCUCUGGGAGACGCGCUUGUUAAACAACUUAAAUCAAUGCAGUUCAUGCAGCUACUGGUGCACGUGAAUGCAAGCGGAGUAUAAGCAACACUCUGCUAAAGCUGUCUAACGUAAUGAGUACCAUGCUAUAACAGAUCACCCUGACUGCAGCAAGAAUUAUUUCUCUCUUCCCCUGAACAUUUAUGAAACAUCCAGAGAAGCUUUGAUAACCAAUUCUUAAAUAAGAAAUUGGAUAGAAGUAAAAGCUACGAUGGCAGUUGCUGUUUACGUUAGGCUGUCAGUCUUCAUCAAAGUUUUCAAAAUUGUUUCUUGUGAUAUGUAAGGUUGGUCGCUUGAGCAUGGACUUGCUCUUUCAUUCUCAAUGUCCAUCAUGGCCAAUGUUCUCUUUGUUCUUUACUUUGGUAAGGCCGCAGCUGUCUUCUUAGUUUCUCAGCUGAUUUGUUAAAGUAUCUGUUGAAUGACAUGCCUAUAUGGGAGUGCAGAAUUGCAAUGAUGGAAAGUUUUUUAUUGUUAUUUGCUUUGUUAUGAAGUUUAUGAUGUGCCUUGAGUGUGAAAGGCUGUGUAGAAAGGCAGCAAGUGCUUCUAUUGUGAGAGCAUUGCUGCGUUUUUGCAUGCACACAGGUGAAAGAAGGCAAUGUAUUGCUGGGAGGUACAAAUGUGAGGAUAAAUUGUGUAGGUGGUACUUUUAUCCAUGUUUCACUUGAAGUUUUGUAGCAUUUCUUGUCAGCAUGCCACGAACAUCGAGGAACUCCAAGUGCAUUAAUCCCUAGGGGUAUCGCAGUAUCUGCUCAGUGUAUUUGCUAAGCUCUCUUUUAUGCCUUCUUUUUUAUAGUUCAGCUUGCUUGUUAGCUCUGCAUCGUCACUGCUGAGCUUCAGCAACAUCACUGUGCGUGUUGUGUUGACUUAAGGUUGGUGAACAUUUGUGGCUCUCAGUGAGCAUAUACUCAGGAAUGUCAGCCAGAAUGUUAUUGCUGCCUGCCCGUAUGUAAUGUGUUUCCCGUCUCUCUGUCGGGGAGGUCGCACUAAUACUGAGAGCAUUGAUGUUUGAUGGGUGUAACAGCAUGCUUACAGCUUGGUGUGAUGGUUGCUGAGACAGCUAGGCUAACUUCAUAUUGGACAGUGAAUAUUUGCUAGUCACCAGGAACAUAUGCUACGUGUGGUGCAACUAGCACUGAAGUGCUUUCAGUAUGCAACAUCAACUUUGCUAGUAUGUGUGCAUAAUACAGAUUCCUUACCGGUGAAGUUAUAUAGCAUGGCGGCUGAGAAUUUUAGAAACUGUGUCCUUUCUAGGGUGAUGGGCUCUGUAUCUUUUUUUGUGUUUUUAAAUGCUUGUGUGGGCUAUGUUUCUUCACCUUUUUGGCUGGGGAGGAUAAACUGUGUCAAGAAAUCGGGAUGUCUUUGAAGCGCUACGACAUGACAUUUGUCGCAGUAUGAAGCAUAAGUGUUUUUUUUUUAAUCGGGACAUUUCACUGAACCUCAUUUAUCGUUUUUCAAUAUUUCCCCCAAUUUCUUAUUGUUAAGAGGUGAUAACGCAUUCUAUCGGCAUUGUUGUGCUGAUGUGGAAUGCAGUCUCUUGAAGUGAACAUUUGCAUACUAGAACAAUGGAAAUGUAUGGAAAGUGAACGCUGCUAUUGUUAUCUAGUCUUGAAAGAGUUUUAACGUUUGUUUUCUUGAGAGCCAUGUGCUGGGAAAUUGAGGUGUUAUUGCUGACGUAGGCACUUUUUAAUGAAAUAUCCACUUACUUUGGAAGUCAUGCAUUUCGCACAAUCAAUUUUGAUGCGGUAAUAAUGGCUUGUUUAUUUUCACGCUACUUAAUUGGCCGUUGGCGUUUCAUGGCAUUGUGACAGAUCUUUUAUUCGCUUUUUUUCAUAGCACACUCAUAAUACCUUUUUUUUCUUUUGGUGUAAGUGUUGCUCGAGACAGAUAACUAUGAUCUAUUCUAUCUUAGCACUUCUGGUGUGCUCCCAUUCUUAGGGCAGGCUUUGUUCAGGGCUUUAUCCCAUCGUAGAUUAUAUGCUACUACGGAGAUUAUUUUUCUGCUAUAGAUGAAGGAGCAUAUGAACUUAUCAUGUGAGGGAGCUCUGAAUAACUGUAGUUUAUUUAGUUAUGAAAAAGGCCGCCAGUUGUUUAGGUUACGUGUACGACCAUCGUAUAAAUUCUGAAACUUUAGGCCAUAAACGUCAAUCCCGGUGCAUGUCUGAUUCAUACAUCGUUGAGUACAAUGAUGGACGUACUAGACCUCUAUUAAAGGACCCCUCACCAGGCCCGAGAGCAAAUUUUGGUUAUGUACCGGAAGUUGUUGCGCACCCUCUAGCGAGCUAUCGCAAGAAUCUUUAAAAUGUUUCACUUACAGCAGAUGCAGAAAUAUUUGAAGUGUCGCGACCCUGUGAUUUCAGGAGGCGAGCUUCACUGCCAACACAACACUGUCUCUCCACUUGCCCCGUCUAGUCUCCGGAAGCAAACACUUUUUUUUCCACCUCUUCCUCUCCACAAUCACGCUUUCAUUCUCUUCCCUACGUUCUCCCAUACCGGAGCCGGAAGCUCGCGUAUCUCACACGUCACGGACCCCGCCCUUCUUCCGUUUUCUCGCAUUCUUGCAGCACGGCGCACUUCCGGUGAAGGUCUCGCGCGCGAACUAGCCGUUGCGUUUGUCUCCAUUCGCUCUGUGCACGAUUUUGCAUGCCGUGCACGAGGACACCUGCACUGUUGACUGGCUGCUUCUGCGCUAAAUUGAAAUGAAUCCCCUGCACAAUUGCAGGUAGUUUCGUUUUCUGCGCCCGCGACUGCACGACGUCGGAACAAGCAGAGGAAGCGGCAGUAUGUCCUGCUUGCUACGGCGUAUAGUAAAAAAAGAAAGACUCGCAGGCAUUCUGUUUGUAAAUUUUAAUAUUUCUCUAAACUUUAGGUCAUCUAGUGAAGGAACAGGUCCAAGAUAUGGAUGCUGUAGCCUUGAAUAAUUCUCGAAGUCAUGUUUCAUGGCGAGUGACGUUUCAGCAAUGCGAAUUACGUAGGCACACUUGUGCGUCUGACCUCGACUCCGGCUGAGGUCGAAGCUCCCUCGAUAAGAAAGGCGCGCGGCGUUCGGUUUGAAAUCUCAGCAGUUUUGGCAGAGGGCACGCAGCGGUGCCAUAAUCACACGAUCGCCAGCGAGCGUUGUAUAAACUACGCUUGUCUGUUUAAAACGACCAUACCCGGUGAGGGGCUCUUGAGUAUACUUCACUGGACAGUUUUAGUAUUUCAUGGCUCAACAUUUCUUGAAGCGUUUAAGUGCCUCUGUGUUGAUCUAAGAAUGAAGAAGUCUGUCAUGUCUGUUUCUCUGUAUAUUGUUCAUCACUUUAUGAGUUUUACAAGUGCCACAUAUACGCAGCCAUUUCUCUUCGGUUGGAAGCUUCUAAACAGAUGACAUCGUAUUCUUAACUGAUGAGUCGAGUUCACUUUGCAUUUCAGACAGUGCUGAGUGACAUCGGUAGACGGUGCUUUAUGCCUCCAAAUUAACCCCUCCCAAACUUCUGACAUGCGUACAUAUAUUGCAUGUACGUGACAUUUAGGAAAGCCUUCUGGAAGUAAUGUCCUGGGCCAGUUUUUUGUCUUGUCACAAAUGUCACUUCAAAGCUGGUCAAUUUCCAUACCCGUAUAUCAUUUCGUUAUCACAUUUGCCUUCCGGUUCAUGUUGGUGAAUCUUUUUGUGAUGUCUCAAUGAAAAUGUUUCUUAUGAUGACCUCAUGUAUUCUUGACUGACUUAUCGACAUCAUCUUAUGUGUCUUUGUGCGUUCUGAGUCGUAAUAACAUAUGUCAAAAAGGCGUCCAAAUAUGUGUCAAAUGUGGGGAUCUAUUUGUCUUUAACCGUUUUCUAUGGCAACAUUGGUGCAACCACCAUGUUGUGACACUGCCCUCAGACCAUGUGCAUGUCGCUGCUGUCAAGUGCUCUGGCAUGUUUCUGUGUGCAUGCUUUCAUCUCUUUGUCAGCACGCUGGAAUAAAGAGCUCAAAAGCAAA